UUUGUAAUGGAUCAUGAUGAACAUACACUUCGUAUAGAAGCUGAAGAAGUUGUAAAAGAAGUGUCAUACGCUGUAAAGUUUGUUAUAAUAUCUCCUAAUUUACCAAGCAACAAUCAACUAGUUUAUCUCAAUUUGGAAACGAAGGAAAAUGAAGAAUUCUGCGUGGAAUUGUCAGUUCGUGGAUUCAGGGUUGUAAGUCGGCAUUUUGAUAAGAUUGACAACUUGGAAUCAAGAUGUUAUGAGACCAUAUAUGCCUUAUUAGAUAACUUGAGUCCUGGAUAUAGAAACACUUUUGGAGACACCUUGGCCAUGAAACUAUACAGUAUUCAGCAAGGACAGAGUGAAGAUGCCUCUUUUUGACAUUGGAUCAAAUGAUGUUAUUAAAGAUUGGACCAAAGGAAAAUACUAGACCAGUAUUAUUUUGUUUGUACAUUUAUAUUUUUACAAGUGAUAUUUGCUAGAUAUAAGUUUAUAUGCAUGCAUUUGCUUAACACAAUAUUUUGAAAUACUUUAAAUUUUGGAUUUAAUUGAAAAACGACUUUGAAAAGACAGAAGAAUCAGCAUUUUCUGUCAAUUGCAAGUAAACUUUAAGUUUGAAAUGAGUAUAUUGUUGAUUACACAAAAUAUUUUGAUAGUCUGUAUCAAAUUUGAGGGGACUACUUUGUAAUUAUGCAUCACGGAGAGGCUGACCAUGUCUCAUGGUUCAGUAGAUGUGCUACUGAUUUUAAACUUCAGUUUGUUUUAUGUCCAAGUUCUGUUCUCAGAGACUAAGUCUAUUACAAUCCUAUAUCAUGAUGUAAGGGUGUGUCUAAGUGAGUAUUAAAGCCUCACAUUUAAUUCAGGUCAAUCUAAUAUACAUAUUAUGCUUAAGCAACUUUGAUUGAGUUUUGUGCGAUAUAAGGUGACUUACAACCAUGUAAUUGGUGUAAGGAUGCAUUAGUGGGAAUGGUACAGUCUCCCAUUAAUGGAAAAUCAUAAUGACCUACAUUUUUCAUUAAUAUACCAAUUUGGUUUUAAGUCCUAUUUCAAAAUUCAUGAAGUAAGUGACCUACAAUCAUAUAACUUGUUAGGAUUCACCAUGGGAAGUAUAUCAGCCUCCCACAAGCAUAAGUCCCUCUAGUCUAGUCUAUAUUUUUAGCUCCAUUGUCACUAUAGAGUAUAGUGUUAAAAUCCCUAAUAUUAAGUGACACAACUGAUAGAACUUGGUAUUAGGACAAAUAUUUUUUAGUAUAACAUAUUCAUUCAAAAAGUAGGUCAAUAUGACCUAUACAUUGUCUUCCCUCCAUUUACAUCAUUUGAGUUUUACAAUUUGGGAUAAGGAUGCAUUAAACACAUUUUGUAAAAGAGUAUAAAAAAUUCUAAGGAAAAUUUUGUCACUCUGGCCUAUUUUUUUUGGCUUUGUUGAAUUCAUAUGAAUUGUUGUCACUCUGGUCUAUUUUUGGCUUCAUUAAAUUUGUAUGAAUUUACAGCCCCAAGUUCAGAUACUAAGUUAUAAUAUUAUGGUUAUUCAGCCAAUUAUGGACAAAACAGACUUUGUAGUCAUAAAUGAGUUGUUAUGUUUAUUCAAGUGCCUUAUUUUUUAAAGCCAGUAAUUACUAAAAAAAAUUAAUAUGCAAGAGACUAUGGCAACAGAAAGUACUUUUUCAUUGUUCUUAGAUACCAGCAUGGUAGUUAAAAAAAUGUGACUAUUCAGGACUCCUUAUAUCAAAAUAAUGGAAGCAAAUACUUUCCACUUUGUCAGUAGUCUGUCUUUUGUGCAAAUUAACUUAAUGCAUUAAUUCAGGCACCUAUAAUUUAAAUUUGAAAUUCUAUAUUUCUUUGUAUAUGCCUUAAGGAUUCAUGGCCACUCUCCUUUCUGCAGGUCACCAAUCCUUUAAAAAAAUUCUAGGGUAAAAAUUUACUUACCAAAAGUCUUAAGACUUUGAGAUUAAGGUUUAAUGAGAGCCAUUUUCUCAUAAUGUAAAGAAAGUUUACUCCAUUUGUAAACAUCAGGCAUUUCCCAUUUACAUUUUAUUCAGAUAUCGUUUUGAGUUCAAGCUUACAAAUGUCAUACAUUAAACCUCAAAUUUUGAUAAUUGUGUUUUAUGAGUGCAAACUCUCAGAGAAAUAUUACCUUUUGUAAGAUAUAUGGGUACAUAUUUCUCAUUUUUAUGAGAAUCUGAAAAAGAUAAAUGUUUACACUUAAAUUUUCACACUGAAAUAUUUGAAGUUGAGAAUUGGUAUGGAUGAGCACCUAAUCUGCUGCAGUGAUAUUUAAAAUGAUAUAUUUUACUCUAUUGCCAAGCAUAAUAUUCUGACGUGCAAUUUACAUUAGGAUAAAUCUAACAGAGCUUCCAUCCCUAUUGGCAGUCUUCCACUGAUAUAGGUCCAGAGUUAUUACUGCGUUUCUGUAGUUGAUACUAAAUAUUUUAUCCCUGCUGUGUUUCUUGUAGUUAUCAUUUGAUCUUUGUAUCCCAGAAAGACAGCUUUUUGAUAUACAAUGUAUGUGAAUAAAAGCAACUUUAGUUUAUGAUCAAUAUGUUAUUGAUGUAGAAUUUUAUUCUAGUCCUGCCUUAGUUAGCCAGCAAUCUUUCAAAGGGAGAGAAUCACAACAUUAUUUCAUUCAUAUAAACAUUUUUUUGGAAAUCCUACAAAACUUGUAAGUUUAGUCCCUUACAAGUUUGUCCCUUAAAGUCACAGCAGAAAUACAUUUCAUAUUAUGAAGAUAUUUAAUGGCUGCCUACAUUCUAAAAUAGUGAUACCUAAUUAGCGAAUUAGCAAUCAUAGCGUUAUGAUGUAUUAUUUGCACAUAUUUAUUUCCCAUGAAAAUGUAUCAAAUGUCAUUUUUGAAAACAUAAAAAAUCAUUCUUUCUUGAUGUGAUAUUGUCAUCAUAAGUCUGCUAAAGGUAUGAUUUUUAGGUAAAAACAAAUAUUUUAAAACUGAGGAGUUGAUGGUUGAAUGUCAUUGAUCUUGUUAUAGACCAUGUCUAAGUCACAGCUAGGCACAAACAUAAAAGGGCAUGCGUUUUAAUUUCUUAUGAAACAGAAAAUAGACCAUAUGUUAAGCUUGUUAAAGAGUUUUUAGAGAUACCAUUUGUUUUGUUUGUUAGGUCUAAAAGAUCUUUACAUAUGUGCUUGUUUGUAUCUUGUAUCCAUAUCUUUUGGAUUGUACAAAAAAGGUAAAACAUGAAAUGAUUUAGUGAAAAGUUGUACCUUCAUCGGUGUUAGGGAUUAGAAUGAUGAUAGUAUUUAAUCAUUGCAAAGCUUUUGAUGUAUCAAAGUAUAAGGUGCUCUUUAUGUAUAUAUUUAUAUAUUUAUACUAUUUAUACAUUGUAUGGUUUCUUAAAAGUAUGAAUUAUGUUAUAAUGUUUGCAUUGAAGAGUUUGAACAAUUUAUACGGUUAUGAAAUAUUUUUGUAAACAUGAUAAGAAUAAUGCUGAUUAUAUAUAUAGGUUGAUGACUUAAAUAUUUGUGGUUAUGCAUUUACUAUUUUUGAAAAAUUGAGGCAACAUCAGAUUGUACAAAACUAUCCAGUCCAGAGUCUAUGUUGACUUCCUGCAAGUUGACAUCAUAUUUACACAUCAGCUAGUCCUGCCAGUAACUUACAGUAACUGCUUUGUUGUAUAUUGUAAAUGUGUUGUAACCGCCACAGUUUAAUUAACAAGGCUUUAUUUUAAAAGCUAUCAUCUUUCAACUUAACAGUGUAAUUUAAACCAUAAAAGGAAAAAAAAUAAUAAAAAAAAUAGGAGUAGGUCUGAUUUUCACUAUUUGUUUCAAUCAGAGGCAAAUCUAAAAGCUGUCAAAUCCUACUGGAAAUUGAAAAUUUGUCUGCAUAGCAUUUCACAAUUUUACAUAUUUUCAUAAAAUCAUUAAAGUAUUCAGGGCUUCAUGUUACUGUCAAAGGCAUAUUUUAUACAAAAUUUUGCAUCGAAUGACAUUGCUAACCAAAAUGAAUUAAUUUGUACCUGAAAGACAAUGCAUAGAACUGAUGUUCUUCCAACAUAAUUAUGGUUUGGUAAAUAAUGUCCUUCAUAAAUUCAGGGUAAAUUGGCAAUACUCUUUGCUGAAAAAUGAACCAGUUUGUUUACCUUUAAAUUCAGUGACCAUAAUCAAUUUUCCAAGCCUUGAUUUUGUUCCAAUUUUAGACUUUUUUGGGGAAAAAGAAACUAUUCCUAGUUACUAAGUUAGGACACAUUGUAUAUAUCCCUUCCUAUGCAUAGCAAGUGAAAGGAGCAUGGUGUAUUGUAUGAGAUCUGACACAAAUAUGACUUGAUAAAUGCUUUUCACAUUUUUAGGUGCUAUCAACACAUGCUUCUUAAGAUUAGUAUAUGCAGGGAAACAGUUUAUCCUGCGUAGUAGUUGUUUCCAUUUGUGUGUUAAAUUCUAAAAUUGGAAACCUGUAAUUUGAAAUAUAUGAACAAUCUAAUACAAGAUGUUUUUUUGAAUCUAAACAGAUUGCUGCAAAAGCUUCAUUUGAACUAGGAAAAUGUCUACUUUUCAAUCAGUUUGACAAUUGGUUUAACUCUCCAAGCAUUAUUUGGUUGGUAAGAUGUAGCAUUAUUUUAUACUUUAAUAUUUAUUAACAAUUGUAAUGUACAAUGGGGCAAUUCGUUUUUUGUUUACUUUUAUAUGUACAAUAAAAAUAUUUUAAUUGUU